UUUAAUUUCCCUGGGAGUUGGACGAAAGUUUAAUUAUGUAAUUAAUUUGAACGAAAAACAACAAUACGUUUUUCAGUGGUACAUUUAACCAUAUGAUGAUUUUAAUAUAUAGUUAUUUAAAUAGAUACUUGUUUUUAAUGCAGUGACCAAAGUUCAUUACGUACUUGAAUUUUGAAAAUUAAUUAGUACAAAAAGUCUCCAAGUUGGUGAGACAGUUCCCGAUAUGGUUGAAAUGGCAAGAUCACUCAAUUGACUGCCAGUUAUUGUGGAGUCUAUGCACCAUAUACCUCUAGAACUCUGCAAUAACAACACCAGGUCACACCGGGGGUCAAAUGAACAUGGGAACCUUUUUAUAUGAAAAAGCUUGUAAAACUGACAUUAACAACGGACAUCCUCAAAAAGCUGAGUGUGCAUUCAUUAUUUUAAAAAAUCUGUGUGCUCGGAACAUCUUAGUAAAGAUUCAUCAUAAUAUGUUCAGGAAUGCAAUAAGCAAAUAAAAAAAACAGUGACUUGUUAAAGAUAAAAGCGGAGUUAAGCAAAUAAAUUGUUAACUUUUUUUUUAUGAAAGUACAUAAGAACUCACACCUACAGUUCAUAUAUCAAUAUUCAUGUCUAUUAACUUUGAUACAUUCCAGUUUGUAAGAAAUUAAAUGGAGAUAACAAAACAUAUUACACUAGUAAUUAGUCAGGUGUGUGCCGACACCGACACACACACAGUCAUGGUGUUGACUUAACCUACAUAUGUUCACUUGUUCUUAUUAAAUUUUAUAUAUAAAUAGUAGUUGCUUCAUAUCUAAGUAGAGUGAAUAGAUUAAAAUUAUAGUAAGACUCUCACAAACAUUGUUAUCUGUCACCUUAAUGGUGGUAGCGUCCCUGGCUUGGUUGGCAUCCAUGGUUAUUAUUACUGCAGUGUGUUCGCAACAAUCCCUGAGCACACCAGUGUGACAGUGAACACUGCUUGUAGACAAUUUUACCUUGAAAAAUAACUAUUUAUUCUUGUGUGAUCAGAUAUAAAAGUAAUAAAGUAAGGUUUGAUGGUAACUCUGUGUGGUAGUGCCGGUGGUAGGGGCGAGGCUGAGGCGGAGGCGCUGGGGCGCGCCGUAUGUCUGGCGAUCGACAGGAUAACCGAAGAGAAAGAGCGCGUUCCGUGUCUGAGCGAAGGCGAGGCGGGGGGCGGUGGGAUGGUGACCCGGCGGCGUUGCGUGGCGCUGGACGCGCUGCUCGCGUGCUGGGGUCUGGGCGCCUGGCUCGGCGUCAACGGGCUGUACGUGCAGCUGCCGUUGCUCGUGCAGGCGCUGCCGGAGGGUUGGUCGCUACCCUCUGCCAUGGCGCUCGCGGUGCAGCUGGCCAACGUGGGUCUGCUGGCGUACGCGGCGCUGCGCCGCCUCCUGCCGCGCGCGCCCGACGCGGCCUACAUAUACGGCCUCCUCACUAUCGGCACCCUCGCACUCCUCCUCAACUCGUUCCUGUACACCGCCACGACGCCGGUCGCCGGCGCCGACCGCUCCGUCGCCUUCCUUACGCUCACGUUCUUCGCGGCGCUGGUCGGCUGCACCAGCUCCGUUCUAUUCUACCCGUACCUGCGGCACUUUCGGGAGGUCUACCUCGCGACGUACCUGGCCGGCGAGGGGCUGAGCGGCUUCAUACCGAGCAUCCUCGCGCUGGUGCAGGGCGUGGGCGGCGAGCCGGAGUGCGUGCCGGGCCCGGACGCGGAGACGCUGGUGCCCGUGCACCCUCCGGCACGGUUCGACACCUCGGCCUUCCUGCUGAUGCUCGCCGGGCUAUCGGCCCUGAGUCUCGUCAGCUUCGUCGGCCUGCACAACCUGAGGGCGUUCGAUUCGGAGCGCGUGCCGCGGGCGGCGGUCGCCAAGGAGGAGGAGGCGGAGGCGCCGCGGGGCUCGCGGACGCUGUGGGCCGCCGUGAUGUCGCUCACGUUGCUGCUCAACGCGCUCUCGAACGGCGUGCUGCCCUCGGUGCAGUCGUACUCGUGCAUGCCGUACGGAGUGCGCGCGUACCAUCUGGCGACGUCGCUGGCCGCGAUGGCCAACCCGGCGGCGUGCCUGGCGGGCGUGUGGCUGCGGCCGGCGAGUGCGCGGAUGUUGGCAGCGCUGCUGGCGGUCGCCGCGGUGCCGCUGGCGUACCUGCUGGCCGCGGCGCUGCUCAGCCCCGCACCGCCGCUGCACCGCCAUCCGGUGGGCGAGGUCUUGAUCGUGGUGUCGUGGGUGUGGGCGGCGGCGAGCGUGUCGUACGCGCGGCUGUGGGUGUGCGCGUGGGCAAGGCGCGGGGGCGCACGCGGCAUGCGGCUGUGCGGCGCCGCCACACAGCUCGGCUCCGCGCUCGGCUCGCUGCUGCUGUUCCUGCUGGUCACCCGCACCGCGCUGUUCACGCAGCCCGCGCCCUGCCCCAACUGACCGCUGCUGAACUCAACUGGAGCCCAGUGCAAGUCCUCCUCGUCUCUUAUCCGAGUACUUAAAACUUUAAUCGGUGCGAACUCGACCCUUUCUGUUCCGUAUACUUUUUCGCCCUGUAUUAGGUAGUGUUUCUACGUGUUGUUACAACAUUGUAAGUGUGCACUGCGGCUGUGGGAGAUGUGCUAAUAUUUUAGAAAACAAUGUAUAGCAGUUCCUUGUAAUGAAAUAUACAGGUUGAUUCUUAAUUGACGAAUCAAAAGCACUGUACAGUUAGAGGACCUCAAUAGUUCUAAUCUUGUUUCAUUUUUUGUAUAAAAAUCGUAAAAAUCACAUUUUAGACUGAAAUUUGUCCGUAUCUUCAUUUUAUUGUGAUGUGUUUUUUUUCUUGAAUAAGCCUAAUAUUUUUGGGCUUUCGUAUCUUUUUAACCUUUUUUAGAUUUUUCACAUAAGAAAAAACAAUUGUUUUUUUUUAUUAUUAUUUUUACACUAACUUUUCUUUGUACGAGUUGCUCUCAACUAUUUCAAUACGUUUUUAUUUACAUAAAAAACAAGACGAAUUUUAAAGCUCUAGAAAGACGUUACAUUUCGACAAAAUGUUAAAUAAUUUUAGUU